AUGUCGGAUGAGAUCGUGUGGCAGGUAAUCAACCAGCAAUUCUGCUCUUAUAAGCUGAAAACUACAAAGGAGCAAAAUUUCUGCCGCAACGAGCACAAUGUCACUGGCCUGUGCAAUCGCCAGUCAUGUCCACUUGCCAACUCUCGAUAUGCAACAGUGCGCUCCGAUCCAGAGACCGGAAACAUGUACCUCUACAUGAAGACUAUUGAACGUGCCCAUAUGCCUAGCAAAUGGUGGGAGCGUGUGCGCCUCUCGUCCAACUAUGCCAAAGCUCUCGAACAACUCGACGAACGUCUCAUCUACUGGCCCAAAUUCCUGGUUCAUAAGUGCAAGCAGCGUCUCACCCGUCUGACGCAGGUGCAAAUUCGCAUGAGAAACAUUGCCAAGGAAGAGGACCGUCUCGGCGAGAAGAUUGUGCCCAAGCUGGCCCCCAAAAUUCGCCGUCGCGAAGAAACCCGAGAACGCAAGGCUUUGUCCGCAGCCAAGGUUGAGCGUGCCAUCGAGCGUGAACUCAUUGAACGUCUGCGCAGUGGCGCUUACGGCGAUCAGCCGCUCAACGUCGACGAGAACAUCUGGAAGAAGGUUCUCCGUGGUCUGGAGCGCGCUGGUGAAGGCGAGCGUGACGAGGACAUGGAUGACGGCGAGGAGAUCGAGGACGAGGAGGAUGGCGUUGGUGAGGUCGAGUACGUGAGCGACCUCGACGAGGAGGAGGACUUAGAAGACAUUGAGGACUGGCUGGGUGGUGAUUCUGCCGAUUCCAGCGAUGACUAUGACGAGGACGAUGACGAAAGUGAGGAUGAGAGCGACGACGAGAGCGCUCCUAGCGAAGAUGAGAAGAAGCCCAAGCCAAGUGCAAAGCGCAAGCAUGCCGCUCCUCCGGCCAAGCCGCGGAAGAAGGGACCUCGCAUCGAAAUCGAAUACGAAACCGAGGAUGCUGGCAAAGACCGUAUCAUGGCAUAG